CCCACUGUUGCGCCGACAGACGCUCCCAGCGACAAGCCGACGUCCGCUCCGACCGCCCAGCCCAAGCCCACUUCGGGACCGACGCCCCCUGCGCCGACAACCAAGCCCACCAGCAGCCCCACGACCAAGCCCACCGCCAGUCCCACGACCAAGCCCACGUCCAAGCCCACGACCAAGCCCACGAACAAGCCCACGAACAAGCCGACGCCGACGUCCAAACCGUCGGGUGUUGUCAAGAAGCGCUGGGAACAGUGCGGUGGCAAAGACUACACGGGCAGUUCGCAAUGCGCCGAUGGCACUUCGUGCUUCAAGCAGGACGAGUGGUACUCGCAGUGUAUUCCGUCGUCCAACAGCAAGAACAACUAA